CUGAGUUUGUCCCCCCUACUCUGGCCUAAACGUGAUGUGUAAUCUCGAACAAUGUAGAUGUGUGUUGUAGAUGUUUAUCAAUAAUCUGCGCUCGUAAUUUGCGUAAUAAUCAGAUAACGAAAUAUAACACGACUCUUAAAACUCGUUUUUAAAUCCCCAACAGAAUGCUGUGUAUAAAUAACGGAUUUCAUAAUUAGAAAAUGUGUCGCUUAAAGCAAAUAGUUAGUUAUUACUUGCCAAUAAUUGCGGUCACGUAUUUUUUUAUUGCUAUUAGUAAUACUGUUGCUGAUACACAACAGAUAUGCAGCCAACAAGUGGAAGAUGCUCGCAGUUUAGUGUUUGUCAGUACAUUAGAUGGAAAGAUCUCUGCUCUUGAUGCUAACAAUUAUGGACAGAAACAAUGGAGUUUGGAUUUUAAUGAAGGACCAAUGUUAUCAUCUAGUAUUCAUCGUAGAGAACUUAACAACAAUGGACAAUGGAUACGCUUAAUCCCAUCUCUAAGUGGUAGUUUAUAUAAAUUUGAUGGAGAAACUUUAGAAGCAUUACUAAUAUCAACAGAUCAAUUAUUACAUUCAUCUUGGUGCUAUUCUGAUGACUUAGUCUUCUCAGGUGGCAAGCAGCUUUAUUCUUAUGGUGUAUCAGCAAGUACAGGAGAAGUUAUAUACGAAUGUAAUAUUGAUGGAUGUAGAAAUGAUACAAAAGGUGAAAAACACUUGAAAAAAGAUGUACUUAUUAUUCAACGUUUUCAGCAGACUGUGCGUGCUGUAGAAUCUCGUACAGGUAUUGAAAGAUGGAACUUUAGUGUUGGACAACAUAGUUUAGAGUUAGCAAAUACUUACUGUUCUAAUAAUGUUAGUCUAGAUAUAGAAAUAAAAGUUAUCAUACCAGAAGGCUUAAUUUGGGCUGUCAAUAGAAGUGAUCCUACUGUCAAGUUAUGGCAAUAUAAAUUUGACUCUCCAAUUGUUACAAUAUGGCGCGAGGACACACCCAAAACUUCUAGGAAUCAAAGACUUUUAAAAGAACUUAAUUUGUUUGAUGUUUCUCAAUGGGCAUGGGGAUCACAAUAUUCUACAAUAAGUCCAAGCAUAUAUUUAGGCAUGCAUGAAAGACAAUUGUAUGUGCAGGAAAAUUUUAAUAAAAAAAGUUCGGUAGAUUUGUCUGCUGAACAUACGAGAUAUCCAUGGCAGCCAUAUCCAGCUGGUGAAACUGCUCUUAUAUCAAAUAAAGAUCACGAUAAUAAAAUUUCCAUCGAAACACAGACUACAACUGCGUUAUCUGUGUUAUAUAAUUCAGAAUAUAUUAAUGGUAAUGGAUUUUAUUUGUAUUCAAAAGAUCAUUUGUCUGGCAAAUGUAACCAUAGCAAUAUUAAUUCUAAUCCUAAUAUUACACUUAUUACUGAGACGGAAGAGCCAAUAGUAACGUACAUUAAAGAAGAUGAUACACCUGUUCCAGAACUUAUAAUAUCGCUUUGGCAUUGGUGGAAAGAAGUUUUAAUAAUAUCGAUUACAUCUGCCCUUGUGAUGAAUUUUGUGCUGACACAGCGUUUAUUCAAUGCAACAUUCUCUGCUAAUGAUGCCAUAUCUCCUCCAUUGAUAGUGGAAAAACAUGUUGAAACCAGAAGAAGUGAAUCACCUAAUAAUAGUAACAGCGAAAAUGCAAAAAAUUUUAAAUCACGUUAUCUAACAGACUUUGAGCCAGUUGAUUGUUUAGGAAAGGGAGGAUAUGGAAUUGUCUUUGAAGCCAAAAAUAAAAUUGAUGAUUGCAAUUAUGCUAUUAAAAGAAUUGCCUUGCCAAAUAGUCAAGAUUCAAGAGAGCGCGUAAUGAGAGAAGUAAAAGCAUUAGCUAAGUUGGAUCAUCCUAAUAUUGUAAGAUACUUUAAUGCUUGGCUAGAAUGUCCACCCAGUGGAUGGCAAGAAGAACACGAUCAACAGUGGAUUAAUAAGUUAAACUCUUCGUCAUCCGAAUUUCCGUCGGAAGUAACUGAGAUUAAAACAAAACUUAACGAUUCUGUGCGUAUUGAUGUUCCACAAACCGAUCCAUCUUCUAUAAACAGUGCCUGUGAAGCUUUAGAAUUAAAUAAAACAAGUGAUGAUUCAUUUAUUGUUUUUGAAAAUUCAAGCGAAAAGCAUUGUAACGAUAAUGCAGUUUAUAUCAAUGACGAUGACAUCAACAGUUUGGAUCAGUCUGUUUCAACUGAUGUAACUGAUGAUGAACACUCGUCUAGCGUGAAUAACACUUAUCAUUCCGAAGAAAGUAUUGUGUUCCAAGAGACUGACUAUAUUAACAGAGAAACAAAACAAAAACGACAAAAGUCAUUUUCUGUUGAUCUGAACAUUAAACCGAAUAUUCACAAGUCGACAAAAAUGUUUCUAUACAUACAAAUGCAACUGUGCCAACGACUAAGUCUCAGGGAAUGGCUAAAACAGACUAUCUCAGCAAGAGAUUCUUUUCACGUGUUAAAUAUCUUUCAACAAAUAGUAGCUGCUGUGGAGUAUGUGCAUUUACAAGGUUUAAUUCAUCGAGAUUUAAAGCCAUCAAACAUAUUCUUCGCUUAUGAUGAUAAAAUAAAAAUUGGCGACUUUGGUCUUGUAACUGCUAUGACUGAAGGUUAUAAUGGAACUCAUACACCCACAGCGGAGAAAGAGAAAAUCACAUUAAAAAAUAACAUACAUACUGCGUGUGUCGGCACACACUUAUAUAUGUCACCUGAACAAAUGAACGGCCAAAUUUACAACUAUAAAGUAGAUAUUUAUUCUUUAGGAAUUAUUUUCUUCGAGCUUUUAACACCAUUUUAUACUGAUAUGGAAAGGAUAAUAGCGUUAUCAAAUUUGAAAAAAUCUAUUUUUCCAAAAGAUUUCGCAGAACAUCAUCCAGCUGAAUAUGAUUUGCUCAAAAUGAUGAUAAAUGAAGAUCCCUCUAAGCGGCCUACAACAUUAGGUAUUAAAGCAAGACCUCCUUUGCAGAAUCAUGAAGUAACUAAGGGAUAUAAUGUAGAUAACGAUUCAAAAUGGCACUUUGAAUUGCCACAAUUGAUCAGAAAUUCUUCUAUGACUAGUAGUAGUAGCGCUGAAUUUCCUGAAAUUAUAAGUUAAAUUAAAUUUUAGAAAUAUUUUUGAAAUUGUCUCAUUACUGAUUUAUAAACAAAAUUAAUUAAGAUUUUUCUCAUUCAUUUAUCUAAAAAUCUAAAAUUACUUUCAUGUAUUUAUCUUAGCCGUAUUGAAUUAUGACAUAGAAAGCAAAAAAUAUGAAUUGCUGUAUAUAUAUUGCAUAUACAAAAAACUUAAAAUAUAAAGUGUGUGAUACUCUAAGGAACAAA